AUGGGUAACGCUUCAUCGAAAGCCUCAACGCUCACUCCCCACAUCUCACAAGAGACGGCAGCCCAAGGCAUCCCUCACAAUUUCUCAGCCUCGAUCACAAAACGCACAUCGCUCACCCUCCGAUGCAUUCUGACUGAUCCAGCCUCUGAGCGCGCUUUCGCCGUUCACGUCCCGCCAAAAGGGUGCUACGACGUGAUUGUCUACGACGGCCCAGAUGCAGGAUGCCCCGUCCUCGCGACCGCUAGAAGAAAUCCCAAGUGGAAGCACGACUUCCGCAUCAAUCUCCCUGCAUUGACAGAUGGCGAAGACACGCGUGAGGAAUUACUACGAUGCACUACUAUAAAUAAAUUAAAGGAAGGGUACUGGUUCGCUAUGCAACUUGGUGAUCGCGUUGAACGAUUCGAAUGGCGUUCAACGCGUGGGAAACAAGUACAGGGACAAGAAGGAUCAGGCUGGGGAUGGAAAUUGGUCAAGGGUGACGACGAGGAAAUCGUUGCUAUUUUUAAAACUCAUAGGUCUUUGGGACUAAACAAGAUUGGUGAUCUGACAUUUGCUGGAAGUGGCAUAACUGGACGAUUCGGACGACAGUGGGAGAUCAUGGUGGUGACGACUUGGGCUUGCGUUUGGUUCCGACACAUCUAG